AUGGCGCAACAGCCCGCUGCCGCUCGCUCACACCAGGAACUGCCUGUCAGUGCACCAGGGCAGUACGUGUCCACAGGCCCUGCAUUCUGGUCGUACCACUAUGACGCGACGCCGGCGAGGCGCCAGGGUCACCCCGAGGCCGUCUCAACGCCGCCGUCCCUCGAUGAGCCUUCCCAAGAGCACAUGAACGCAGUUCUUGCGCACGCCCUCUACAACAGUAUUCGAGAAAACUACUCGUAUAUCCUCAGGACGCAGUACAACUACGGCUUCGACAAAGACGGAAACGUAUGGGCCGCGCAAGGCUACACCCCGGUCAGCUUCGCCCCUGAGAGGACAAAGGCAAGAAUGCUGUGA